GAGCGCAGCCUGUUGACCGUUAGACCCGCGGCAGAAAACACCCUCUCAGAUGGCACUGAUGUCCCGGGAAUACAAAGAUAACGCCGCGCUAGAGUGGCCAGCCUUGGGAAGCGCCUUUCAUUUGUUUUCCACCAUUCUAGAGGAUUAAUAUCCAAAGAGGGCGGAUCGUCAUAUAGAUGUCAACUUCUGCUUCUGGAUCAUCACUCGAUGCUUGUGGAUGUUUGGUUCGCAGGUGAUAUACUGCAUUGUACUUGUGCUGCUGCUGUAUUUUAAUACCGCGUGGCAUAUUUUACAAGUAACUUCUUCACCCUUUCUAUCGAAAUGGUCCCACACAGUAGGCCCUACUUCUUUUCGCUCGCUUCAUUUUGCUUGUUGCUUAGCGAAAUAUGUCUGGCACGUGUGACACGCCACGCGAGUUAACAAAUAAGUAUAUAUAGCAUAUUUUUUAUUUAACCAUGCAGCAAACAGCAAAAAAAAAAAAGAAAAAAAGAAACGUUUAACUGACCGGUCCGUGUAUCAUCUGAUCAUUCAAUUAUUUCAUUUAAUCUGGCAAACGAAAAACGGGCAAAACAGGUCGAUAUUUCGUUUUUCGGUGGUUCUGUAUGAACCAAAAAAUGAAAGCUGAUGUCUUUUUUCCAGUUUUCAGCUCGAAACCGAAAAACAAAUAAACCGAAAAACCAAAACGAAAUAAUACGGCUAAUUUACGUUUUUCUGUAUUUUUCCAGUUCUCACGGUGUUUACAGCUGCGCGCCGCGCUUUGCACAUGCGCACUGAAUAGCAGCUCAAUAAGCCUGUGAUCAUUUCUGGUGACUGGUAUGCCGAAAGACCCACAAUGGCAUCACUCGAGUCAUACAUGCCAGUAAUAUAUGAUAUGUUUGUGAAUGGAGUGACAUAUAGGGAGAUGUCUGAAAGGCUGCGAGAAAUGGGUGUCCAGCGGGGAAACUCUGAGAUCAGUAUCCGGAGACAACUUGCCAAACACAAUUUGCGGAGAAAAGGACACUCUUCUGAUUCAGACCUUGAAAUUGCAGUCUCUCGAGCAAUACAUCAGACUGGAUCAACUUAUGGUCGUAAAAUGAUGACAGGCUUCCUGUCAUCAGUUGGAGUACGUGCAGGAGAAUGCCGAAUCGGACGUGUUCUGAGAGCAGCCCAUGCCCCAUACCACGAAGAACGGCGUAAAGGUACCCGUAACUUUAACCCAAACCCAUAUACUGCAGAAUACAUGGGACACAAGCUACACAUGGACCAAAACGAAAAAUUGGUCAUGUUUGGAGUGACUCAUGUAAUUGCUGUGGAUGGAUACAGCAAGAAAAUUGUUGCAAAUGCAAUUAUGCCUACCAAAAACAAUCUAGCCAUCUAUGAUGCUGUGUACAGACCUGCAGUAACACAUUAUGGAAUGUGGGAUCAACUUCGUGUGGAUCAUGGCAAAGAAUUUUACCUCAGUCUGUACAUGCAAGAGAGGCUGUCAGAAUAUAGACACAACCAGCAAAGAGCACCAUACCUCCAAACUCAGUCAACAAGGAAUCACACAGUGGAAAGGAUGUGGCCAGAAAUCAACAACCGGGUAAAUUACCCACUAAAAGAGGCCCUCAUACAACUACAAGAUCAGGAAGCAAUAGAUAUGGAGGACAGCCUGACAAGGUUCUGCACAUCCAAUCUGACUGGCCAAAUGUGCCAGAUUGGAAUAAAUAGAUUUGUGCAUUCAUGGAAUGCUCACAGGAUCCCAGGGAGAGGGAUACCAAAUCAGCUGGCUGGGACAGGAACACCGAGAAAAAUCACAGCAGAUCUUCUACCAGAUGCCACGGUAGCAGCUGACAUGUAUGACAGGGACAUGGGAUCAUCCCUCACCAGAAUAUCUUCUUUCGGAAGUGACCCCUUUCUGUCUGAGGCAGACAAAGUGAGAGUAGAGCAGCACUUUUCACAGUAUUACCCAGACCUUGCAGUUGUUUUUGACAAUGUUGCCAAUUACAACUAUGUCCCAUUCAAACAGGCUUUGAUCUACCUCAUUAAUGUAACAAAGAGAUUUUCCUAAUUUCAUAUGUCUUGGAUCAUGUGGAACCUUGCCAUAAAUCGAGGAAUAGCCUCAGCCAUGAGGAAAAUGUUAGCACUUAUUUUCUGUUUAGUAUACAUACUGUAAAUAUGGACUCCAACAUUAUGCAGUCACUACUAUGUACUCUGUAAC